AUGAAAUCCAGUGACACACUCUACUCCGACGCCCGUCGAGAGGCAGACAUCACCGACGAUGCCAUGACCGACGUCAGCAUAUCGCUCCUCAGCGACGAGGGCAAGCAGUGGAAGCGGGCAGACAUUGAAGACGGCAGAUGCGCAUCAUCACGAGCGAGUCGAUGCGCAAAGACCCGGAACCUCUUCCGACGCUGGCGCUGGCUGCUCGAUACGUUCCUCCUGGUCGUCAUUGUCGGCCUGCUCCUCGAGCGAAGAGGGCUGCAAACAACUGACACGCCAGACAAGCGUCUCGAGCCCGUCGGCGACCUCACAGGGUUCGCACCCAAGUUCUCCCAACAAAUAACAACCUUCCACCCAACAACAGACUUCGUCCCCGACGACCCAAAAUCCCUCUUCACAAACGCCACCCUCCAGGAGCAGUGGCUCUCCAUCGUGCCCAAGGGCCUCGGCUACCUCGAGGUCAAGGACCCGAAAGCCCACGAUAAUCUCCCCGUGCCUUUACCCGAAUUCGCCCCGCGCACCGUCUUCACGACCUCGAUGACGCACCAGCUGCACUGUCUAUACGCCAUCCUCGAGAGCUACGCGGGCAUGGCCGUCAACGGCAGCGCCAACGUCGAUAUGCAUUCGCAUAUCCCCGAGGGUACAGAGGGCGCGGAGGGGCCCUGGCAUUUGCAGCAUUGUUUUGAAUAUCUGCGGCAGGCCAUCAUGUGUGCCGGCGAUGUCGCGCUGGAGGGCACGCAAACGACGUUCCCGCCUGGGUUUACGGGUAGUGAUGGGUGGGAUGCGAAGCACGUGUGCAAGGACUACAAGCAGGUGUACGACUACCUCGACAAGAACCGGGCGUUGGAUGACCACUGGAUUUGA